GUUUUUGGGCGCAUUUAGUCCCGUCCUAAUUGAGAAGAGGAAGCUGGGUUCAAGGUGGCAUGAGCGGAGAAGCGAGUGUCUCUGUUUAUUGACAUGGCGGAGCAGAUUUACGACAUUAAAGGAGCUCUGAACUCUGGAAAUCAGUUCGCGGAGGAUCCAGAGCUGGAGGCCAUCAAGGCCCGUGUGAUGGAGAUGGAGGAGGAGGCGGAGAAGCUAAGGGAGGUGCAGUACGGAGGAGAGAGACAGCAGCUCCUCUACAGCCCUCAGGCAGGACUUUUCUACAGUAUGACCCAUGAGGAGAGAAUAGAUGCAGACAACAGAUCUGUCUAUGUGGGGAACGUGGAUUACGGGACCACCGCAGACGAACUGGAGAUCCACUUUAAUGGCUGUGGUCACGUUAACAGGGUCACCAUCCUGUGUGAUAAAUUCACUGGCCAUCCUAAAGGGUUUGCCUACAUUGAGUUUUCUGAUAGAGAGUCGGUGAGGACGGCCAUGGCCCUGGACGAAACCUUGUUCAGAGGGCGCCUCAUUAAGGUAUUACCUAAAAGAACCAACAUGCCGGGCAUUAGCACCACAGACAGGGGGUUCCUGCGGGGCGGCCGGUUCAGAGGUAGAGGCUUCCGCGGUUCCAGAUUUAACAACGGCAGGUUUCGCGGAUUCAUCAGUUCCCAGUCUGCAGUGUAA